AUGACGACUGCCGUUCCAGGGCCGGUAGCCGAGAAGAAAGACGACAGUAACGACGAGGUUGAGGUUGAAGAGGGCGGUGGGAAGAGGAAGCUGAAGAGGAGCCAAGAGACUGACACGCCUGCCACAACGGCGCAGCUGACGAUCAGUACAAAAGUGGACGUGGGUGUCUCCAUGAUGAGCGCGAUCCAGCCGCGUGAAAUAUAG